AUGCUGAGGAAUCAGCAGCUUCUCGUGGUGGCUGCUGUGCUGGCCGUUGCUGGGAUCGCUACUUUGCUGAUCGCUACGACGAGCGGCAACAAGAGAACAGCAGAUCUGGAGCUCGUGAGGGUUCCCAGGAGGAGAAUGGCCAUGAGGGCGCGUGGACAGAUGCUGUGGGGGACUGAGACUUACCCGUAUUGGGAGCGAGAGCACACGGGAGAUCCGGAGAUGUUCGCAGAGGAGUACAUUGAUCUGUGCAUACGGAAGCUCUACCCGGAGGUAGGGUGUCCGGGGUCUUGGGACAGCUCGUACUGGAGCCCGAUCCAUGACGAAUACGACAACGACCAUCCUGAGUUAGACAUCUGGCCUCCAGAGUGAAGAUCUUGUACAUUGGUGGAUGACAUGGGGUUGUUUGUCCUGCUCUGUUGGUGGAGGAGGCCGCUGCAUGGCCGUGGUGUAUGCUGAUUGUUGAGAACCUUAACACGUCAAAUUUCUGUGGAAAAUGCUCUGAAUAAAUUGACAAGCAUUCAUUGA